AGCUCAGCAAAAUCCGAAAGUGACGACGGUUCAAGCGGAUGUGAUUCAAAGCCAAAUCUUAGCCUGGAAGCCCCGUUUGCUGACAUGCAAGCGUUCGGAUAUACUGGAGCUGCUGCAGCUGCAUACUUUCCGCCUCCAAUGACAUAUGAUCCGUUAUUCAAUUUGCAAAAUCUGUGA